UCAUCGACGGGCCGUGCCGGAUUUCCAUCAUCGUGGACCUCACCAAACGACCAAAAAGACGGAACUAAGACAAAACAAGCCUUGGCUUUUUACGUACAGCGGAGCUAUCCCAUAAUCGCCCUAAUCGAUUGCGUUAUUUGACGCCAAUUCUGACUCACUCAUUGUUGUCACCACCUCAAUCUCCACGACGGGUAAAAAUACCCGGCAAAAAUGUAUCCUCCAACCGUGAACUCGUCUUGCUAUGGCACCAUCAGCAACAACACCAAUGGCCUUUACAAUACCACCAUCCUCAACAACUCUGAAAUCGAACCGCUGCUACACCCAAGCGACCAGAUGCCAACAGGCACCAGGACCCCCGACCUGCCAGGCUUCCCCAAAGUCUCACUAGGAACGGCCCCCCCAUCAUCGCGAUGGCGCCGCCACCUCACCACCGACAUCGAUCGCAGCUACGCCGACGUGAUUCUCAUAAUCUGCUACCUAAUCACGGGCCUGCUGGACUCCUCCUCCAUCUCCAUCUGGGGCUCCUUCGUCUCCAUGCAAACCGGCAACACAGUCUAUGCCGGUCUCGGCCUGGCUGCUCCUAACGAAUCCGCACGCUUGAUCAAAUCCGUCACCUCCCUUGCUGCCUUUUGCCUUGGCUCGUUCUUGUUUAGUCGGUUCCACCGCCUCUGGGCCCCAAAACGCCGGUGGGUGCUCUGCGUGUCGUUCACGGCACAGUCUGCAUUUACCAUGGCGGCGGCGGCGGUUGUUACCAUGACGGGCAAGCCGCACUAUAGCGAGGACGUCGAGUGGCAUGUUUUGCUCCCGAUUGCGCUGUUGGCGUUUCAGAGCGGCGGGCAGGCCGUGACGAGUAGAGUGUUGAGAUACAACGCGCUGACGAGCGUGGUAUUGACGAGUAUUUACUGCGAUUUGUUCUCGGACGCGGACCUGUUCAAGUUGCAUAAUCGCGAGAGGAACCAAAGAGUGGGCGCGCCCGUGUUUCUGUUCUUGGGGGCGCUUUUUGGAGGUUUUUUUGCGCAUACGGCGUUUGGCGUCGCGGGUGCUUUGUGGAUGGCGUCGGGAUUGAAGUUGGUGGUUGUCGUGCUUUGGUUGGUUUGGCCUGCUAAGCCGAAGCCGGUGGUGGUUGAAUAUCCUGAGGGACUGGAGACAGCUUGAACUGAGUCGGUGUGGACGAGGAGCGUGUUAUGGUCGACGGCGAUUGUUGUUUGAAAAACGCCCACGCGCAAGUUGAGCCCGUUGAGCAAGCAAGUUUCUCGUCUUGCACUUUUGUUUGCAUUAGAGUGAUGUCGGCUCCCACUAGACCGAUAGACUUGGUGGACCUAUAGACUUGGUGGUUC